UGUUGUUGCACAAGCGUGACUUGGGUAACGCGUUGGCUGUUGCGUAGCUACGCUAACCGCGUUAUCGGUUAACAGGGCUUGUCGAGCCCAAUGGUUUCCUCUUCUGCCUAUAGGCUAAGUCUGAUUUGGCGACAUUUUGCCAACGGUCGAAUGGGAGACAUGGCUUCCAAGACUCAGAUGCCAAGCCCGGAUAGAGCGCUACCCGGCCGGACUGAAGCUAUCAAAGUGGCCGCCAAACACGACGUCAACGGCAACAGAACCACGCCACCGUUCCCAGAAGAUACGCAGAUGGUCGUUUUCGGGAUGGGCUGCUUCUGGGGGGCAGAGAGAAAGUUUUGGCUCCAGAAAGGCGUUUAUUCCACUCAGGUUGGAUACGCCGGCGGUUCCACACCUAACCCCACCUACAAGGAAGUGUGUUCAGGCAUGACGGGCCACGCCGAGGUGGUCCGGGUGGUCUUUUAUCCAAACCAGAUUUCUUUUGCCAACCUGCUAAAAGUCUUCUGGGAAAGCCAUGACCCGACGCAAGGUAUGCGUCAGGGCAACGACGUGGGCACGCCGUACCGCUCGGCCAUCUACGCCUGCGGCCAGCAGCAGCUUGAGGAGGCGCUCGCGUCCCAGGAUCAAUACCAGAAGGUUCUGACUAAAGAAGGUUUCGGAAGCAUCACAACAGAGAUCGCGGAAGGUAAACCCUUCUACUACGCCGAGGACUACCACCAGCAAUACCUGAGCAAGAACCCGGGCGGCUACUGCGGGCUAGGUGGGACUGGAGUCUCCUGUCCAAUAGGAAUCAAGGAGAAGGAGAAGGCCUAGGUGACAAUGUUCUGUUCUAUUUUUGUUAUUUUAUGUUAAAUAUCCCUGAAAGUGCUUUUUUUAAACAGCUGCGCUCUUGUUAAAGCGCGAUAUGAAUAAAGAUGUAUUGAAUUUGUUGUUGGGAAAUUAAA